AUGUUGUGCAAGAAUAAUUCAUGUGUAGCUGCUUGUUCAUCAAUUUAUUAAAAUAAUUGUUCUUGUGGAAGAACAUCAAAACAAGAUUGUAGUUCAACAACUUAUUGCUAAGAUCCUAAUGCAACAAAUGGAGUUUGUGUUAAUUAAUGUUAAGGUUCAACAGUAAAUAAUUGUGCUUGUGGAUCUCAAACGCUUUCAUAUUGUAGUGCAACUUAAAGAUGUGAAGAUGUAAUGGCAAAUUCAGGUAAUUGUUUGAAUAUAUGUACUACUAAAUUGUAAAAUAAUUGUUCUUGUGGUUAAAGUCAAUUUAGCAAUUGUAAUAAUUCUUAAUAUUGUGUGGACCCUACUGCUACUAAUGGAUAAUGCUAUGAAAAUUGUACAAAUAGUAUAAGAUAAAAUUGUAUUUGUGGUGUGGCAACAAAAUCAGUUUGUUCAAAUUAACAAAAAUGCGAAGAUCCAACUGCUAAUAACGGUAAUUGUAUUUCAACACCUAAUUGUAUUAAUAAUCUUGAUAAAUCGUGUUUAUGUGGUUUAACUUAGAUUUCUGAAUGUUCUUAAUCUACUUAUUGUAUUGAUGUAACUGAUUAGAAAGGAGUUUGCUUAUAAAGUUGUAAUCAAAAUUAAAAAUCUGAUUGCGUUUGCGGUUCAACUUAAAAAAUAGUCUGUUCUAAAACUUAAGUAUGUUAGAAUCCGAAUGAUGCGGAUGGGAUUUGUAUAGAAAAAUGCGUUCGUAAUUUACAAACAAACUGCAUCUGUGGUAAUUCAGCAACUCCUUUUUGUGGUUCAAACGAACAUUGUCAUGAUAUUUAAUAGCUAACAGGUACCUGUGUUUAAUAAUGUAAUUAAUUCCAAAGCAAUUGUGUUUGUGGAUCAUCAUACUUAUCAAAAUGUUCAUCUACAACAUAUUGUUCAUCAAAAUAAGAAGGAGUUUGUUUAGAAAUUUGUACUCAUUAAUCUUCCAAUUGUAUUUGUGGAAAUAAAGUCAAAAAGGUCUGUUCAAACUAAGAAAAAUGCAUUGAUCCAUAUUCCGAUAAUGGGGUUUGUAAUUAAGGUACUUGCACAUAAUAAUUUUAAUCUAAUUGUACUUGUGGUAUAAAUAAUCCAGACUAUUGUAAUAAAAAUUAAUAUUGUUUGGACUUUACAGCACCAAUGGGAGCUUGUUAUGAAAAAUGUAUUUAAAAUCAAAANAAAUAAUCUAAUUGCGUGUCACCAUAUUUAUGGAUUAAUUCAAAAUGUUAAAUUACAGCUUGUAAUUCAACGAAUAAAAAGAGCUGCAUAUGUGGAACAUCUAAUUUAGCAGUUUGUGGCUCGUCAUAAAGUUGCCAAGAUUUCUCAGCGUCUACUGGAAAGUGUUUAUAAAAAUGUUCUUAAAAUUUAAAUUCAAAUUCUUGCCUUUGUGGAAACGAUAAUGUAGAAUGUCUUAGCACUACAUAUUGUUUAGACAUUGCAGCUACAUCAGGAUAAUGCAAGUAGCCUUGUUAAGGAUCAAAUAUUUCAGAUUGUAUAUGCGGAACUUCCUAUUGUGAUUCAAAUAUGUUGUGCAAGAAUAAUUCAUGUGUAGCUGCUUGUUCAUCAAUUUAUUAAAAUAAUUGUUCUUGUGGAAGAACAUCAAAACAAGAUUGUAGUUCAACAACUUAUUGCUAAGAUCCUAAUGCAACAAAUGGAGUUUGUGUUAAUUAAUGUUAAGGUUCAACAGUAAAUAAUUGUGCUUGUGGAUCUCAAACGCUUUCAUAUUGUAGUGCAACUUAAAGAUGUGAAGAUGUAAUGGCAAAUUCAGGUAAUUGUUUGAAUAUAUGUACUACUAAAUUGUAAAAUAAUUGUUCUUGUGGUUAAAGUCAAUUUAGCAAUUGUAAUAAUUCUUAAUAUUGUGUGGACCCUACUGCUACUAAUGGAUAAUGCUAUGAAAAUUGUACAAAUAGUAUAAGAUAAAAUUGUAUUUGUGGUGUGGCAACAAAAUCAGUUUGUUCAAAUUAACAAAAAUGCGAAGAUCCAACUGCUAAUAACGGUAAUUGUAUUUCAACACCUAAUUGUAUUAAUAAUCUUGAUAAAUCGUGUUUAUGUGGUUUAACUUAGAUUUCUGAAUGUUCUUAAUCUACUUAUUGUAUUGAUGUAACUGAUUAGAAAGGAGUUUGCUUAUAAAGUUGUAAUCAAAAUUAAAAAUCUGAUUGCGUUUGCGGUUCAACUUAAAAAAUAGUCUGUUCUAAAACUUAAGUAUGUUAGAAUCCGAAUGAUGCGGAUGGGAUUUGUAUAGAAAAAUGCGUUCGUAAUUUACAAACAAACUGCAUCUGUGGUAAUUCAGCAACUCCUUUUUGUGGUUCAAACGAACAUUGUCAUGAUAUUUAAUAGCUAACAGGUACCUGUGUUUAAUAAUGUAAUUAAUUCCAAAGCAAUUGUGUUUGUGGAUCAUCAUACUUAUCAAAAUGUUCAUCUACAACAUAUUGUUCAUCAAAAUAAGAAGGAGUUUGUUUAGAAAUUUGUACUCAUUAAUCUUCCAAUUGUAUUUGUGGAAAUAAAGUCAAAAAGGUCUGUUCAAACUAAGAAAAAUGCAUUGAUCCAUAUUCCGAUAAUGGGGUUUGUAAUUAAGGUACUUGCACAUAAUAAUUUUAAUCUAAUUGUACUUGUGGUAUAAAUAAUCCAGACUAUUGUAAUAAAAAUUAAUAUUGUUUGGACUUUACAGCACCAAUGGGAGCUUGUUAUGAAAAAUGUAUUUAAAAUCAAAAUAAUUGUUUAUGUGGAAUGGAUUCUUUUGAAAUAUGCUUUGAAUCAUCAUAUUGUAUUUUGUAAUCCAAAGGUUUUUGUAUCCCACAAUGUACUUCAACUAAUUAUCAAAAUUGUUUGAUAUUAUCUGAAAACCUAACUUGUCUUGAUUAAUAUGAUACCAUCUAUGAUGAUAUCACUCGAAAAUGUGUGCCAACUUGCAAAGAAAAUGGCUAAUCCAAUUGUUUUUGUGGUAAUAAGUAGAAUGGUUUAGAUAUAAAAUUGAUUUGCUAAUCUGGUUUUCAAUGCUAAAAUCUUGAUACAAACUAGAGUGGUUGCUUAGAAAAAUGUACAAUUAAUAAGACAUCAAGUUGUUAUUGUGGAUAAGAAAAAUCCCAAUAUUGCAAUGAAAAAGAGACUUGUCUAGAUGUGACUUAAUAAAUAGGUUCAUGCAAAUCAUCUUUAGAUGUUUCAUAAGUUGAUUAUUCCACAAGUCUAUAAAUAGGGUUGUUUGCGAUAAUCUGCCUAUUCAGUAUAAUUUGA